GGAGCACUGCGUACCGGCACCGUGCCCUCAUUCUCUCCUCCCCUCUCCCUGCCAGGUUUGCAUGUUGUCGCCAUCGCCUUCGCCUUGGAGGUGUCGGUGGGGAAGACCAAUACUGUGAUGGCUCUGAAUAACUCCGACGUCCUGCUGCCCUGCAUCUUCUCCACCUGCAUAGGCUUUCAGGACCUGGUUUUCACGUGGUAUUUCAACUCGACGGAGCUGAUUUACCACGGCAAGAUAAAGAGCAAAGCCUCGGAGCCCUUCCUUGUGGGGCGCAACCCGCGGGUCGAGUUUGUUGGCUCGACAACCGGGAAGGAAAACAACAUCUCCAUUGUCCUGAAGAAUGUGGAGUUCAGCGAUGCUGGGAAAUACACCUGCCAUGUCAAGAACCCCAAGGAGAAGAACGCGCAGCACAACGCCACCAUCUUCCUCACAGUGGUCCAGAAGAUGGUGGAGACAGACAACACUGUGACGCUCAUCAUCGUGGGCGUUGUGGGGGGGCUCAUCGGCCUCCUCAUCCUCUUCAUGCUCAUCAAGAGGGUUGUCCUGUUCAUCAUCAAGAAGACGCAGGAUGGGAAGUGA